CCACAAUGGGCCAAAAAUCCUCUCCUGAACCCCCUGAGAUUCUGUCCCCUCCCCCUUAUGCCCCAUUGUACCCUCCAUUGGAAGGGGUGGCAGGAGGGGUGCCUCAACCAGAGGUAUCUCAGCUAGGAGGGGCAGCAGGAGGGGUGCCUCCCCCGGCCCUCAGCACUAGGAGCCGAGGCAAGCAAGGGACCCCAGAACCACCUGAACAGACCCCGGGAGACCCAGUUCCGGUGUUCCCAGUCCGGAUGGUGGGGCCUGUGGUUCAAGGGGGACCCCGUAGUUAUCAAUACUGGCCAUUUUCGUCUAGUGAUCUUUACAAUUGGAAAUCCCAAAACCCUCCCUUCUCUGAGGAACCCCAGAAACUCAUUGCCCUAUUGGAAUCUAUUUUGUUCACACACCAUCCCACUUGGGAUGAUUGUCAACAGUUAUUACAGGUACUCUUCACCACAGAGGAACGUGAACGAAUCCUCCACGAGGCUCGCCGACAUGUUCCUGGGAUAGACGGGCUCCCCACAACCCAGCCUCACCUUAUAGAGGCGGCUUUUCCCUCCACUCGUCCCCCCUGGGACUUUGAGCAACAAGAAGGUAGGGAUCACCUACGUGUCUAUCGCCAGAUUCUCAUGGCCGGUCUCCGUGCUGCGGCUCGCAAGCCGACUAAUUUGGCUAAGGUAUAUUUAGUUAGACAAGGGCCUGAUGAGAGCCCUGCUGCCUUCUUGGAGAGGCUCCAGGAGGCCUUUCGCCUGUACACUCCUAUGGACCCCCUGGCAGAAACCAGUCGGGCGGCGGUCCUACUCUCAUUUGUCAACCAAUCGGCCCCUGAUAUCCGCCGAAAGCUCCAAAAGAUAGAAAACCUGGGAGAGCAGUCUAUAGGUGACCUCCUUAAGGUAGCUGAGCGAGUGUUUAACACCCGAGAAACUCCUGAGGAAAGGGCAGAGCGCCUACACCAGGAGGAGCGGGAAUACAAGACCAGGCAGCACCAAGAGGAUCGGGAGUACAAAGCCAGACAGGACAGAAAGAAUCAGAAAGACCUAGCUAAGAUCCUGGUGGCUGGGCUGUCCCAGCAACUGCACAAGGAGCUCCCCAUUAAUCGAGGGGGCCGCUCACGUUGCUUCCAAUGCGACCAGGAAGGCCACUGGAAACGAGAAUGUCCAAAUCGGCCCAGGAUUCUCUGGGCCAAUGAGGAGGAGGAAGAUUGAAGAGGACGGGACUCUCAACCCCUCCCAGAGUCCUGGGUAACCCUGAAGGUGGAGGGGAAACCAAUGAACUUUAUGGUUGAUACAGGUGCUCAGUUUUCAGUUCUAACAAAACCAGUCGGGGCAGUCUCCUCUAAAGCCAGUUGGGUGCAGGGUGCCACCGGUACCAAAAGAUAUAAUUGGACCACUGGCCGCCAGGUGGACCUCGGUCGCCAUCGAGUUACUCAUUCUUUUCUUGUCAUCCCUGAUUGCCCAGCCCCUCUCCUAGGACGGGAUCUCCUGCACAAGGCAGGGGCCCACAUCCAUUUCUCAAACUCUGGGGUCUCAGUCACAGAUGAUCAGGGUUCACCUCUACACGUUUUGACUCUAUCCCUCCAUGAUGAGCAUCGCCUCCAUGCAGAUCCUGCCCCGCUGGAAGUUCCAGACCACGUCCGCCCCUGGAUGGACAAGGUACCUGAGGUAUGGGCUGAGAUUUCGGGCGUGGGCCUGGCCGUCCAGCAACCCCCCAUCAUUGUGGCACUUAAACCAGGGGCGACUCCAGUGAGGGUCAAGCAGUAUCCUAUGUCCUUGGAGGCCCGAAGAGGGAUUGCCCCACAUAUCACUCGUCUUCGGGAAGCAGGUAUUCUGGUCCCCUGCCGAUCCCCAUGGAACACCCCUCUCCUACCUGUCCGCAAGCCAGGAGGACAGGACUUUCGCCCAGUCCAAGACUUGAGGGAGGUAAAUCUGCGAGUGGAGGACAUCCACCCCACUGUACCUAACCCAUAUACCUUGCUGAGCUCACUGCCACCUGACCUCAGCUGGUACACCACCCUCGACUUGAAGGAUGCCUUCUUCACCUUGCCACUAGCCCCCGUUAGCCAGCCCUUGUUUGCCUUUGAGUGGCAUGAUGAGCAGGCACACACAACAGGCCAACUAACUUGGACUCGGUUGCCCCAAGGGUACAAAAAUUCCCCGACAAUCUUUAAUGAGGCCCUCGCCUCAGAUCUGCGGGAAUUCCGCCAGAGUUACCCCCUCAUUACCCUCCUCCAAUACGUAGAUGACCUCCUACUUGCUGCUCCUACCCAAGCGGCCUGUGAAACUGCUACCCAGGGCCUGCUAGAGACUCUAGGUCGCCUUGGUUAUAGGCUGAGCGCGAAGAAGGCCCGUAUAGCCCAGCGGGAGGUCACCUACCUGGGAUAUAAGCUUCAAGGGGGGCAACGGUGGCUGACCCAGGCCAUGAAAGAUACUGUCUUGUGCCUUCCUCCACCAAAGGGACCCCGGCAGGUGCGGGAAUUCCUAGGGUCAGUGGGGUAUUGCCGCCUCUGGAUCCCUGGGUUUGCAGAGAUUGCCCGGCCCCUAUACGAAGGCUCUAGGGAGAAGGCAGACUGGACUUGGUCACCUGCCAUGAACGAUGCCUUUCAGAGACUCAAACAGGCCAUGCUAACUGCCCCUGCCCUAGCCCUGCCAAACCCUGAAAAGCCCUUUCAGUUAUUUGUAGACGAAAAGAAGGGAGUAGCUAAGGGGGUGCUGACCCAACGACUAGGGCCUUGGGACAGGCCAGUAGCCUACCUGUCCAAAAGACUAGAUCCUGUGGCAUUGGGGUGGCCCCCCUGCCUACGCAUCAUAGCUGCUGUGGCCUUAUUAGUCCGAGAUGCCGACAAGCUCACGUACGGGCAGGCCCUUCGAAUAACCACUCCUCAUGCCGUUGAGAGCAUCCUUAAACAACCACCUAGUCGAUGGAUGUCUAAUGCCCGCCUUACUCACUAUCAGGGCUUGUUGUUGAAUGCCCCCUGGAUCUCCUUCCAUGUGACAUCCGCCCUGAACCCUGCAACCCUACUACCUGACCCCUCACCAGACCAACCCUUACAUGAUUGCCAGGAGAUCCUGGCUGAGACAGUGACGGCCAGACCAGACCUCAAGGAUACACCACUUCCCAAUGCGGACCUGGUAUGGUUUACGGAUGGGAGCAGCCUCAUCCAGGACGGGAAACGACGGGCAGGAGCAGCAGUGGUGGAUGCAUUGGGGAACCUCAUCUGGGCAGCAGCGCUACCCGAGGGAACCUCGGCUCAGAAAGCAGAGUUGGUUGCCCUACAAACGGCCCUUGAAAAAGCUGAAGGGAAGCGACUGACAGUAUACACAGACAGUCGGUAUGCCUUCGCCACCUUGCAUGUCCAUGCACCCAUCUACAGGGAGAGAGGGUUUCUCACCGCAGGAGGUAAGGGGGUCAAAUAUCUGGAAGAAAUCCAAGCACUCCUCUCUGCAGUUUGGCGACCCAAGGCAGUAGCUGUGGUCCAUAUCCCUGGCCACCAAAAAGGAGACUCUCUGGAGGCACGGGGAAACCGAGCUGCUGACCAGGCGGCACGAGAAGCUGCCUUCCAUUCGCCCCUCCUCACCCUGCCCAUGACCAUACCACCCCCUCCAUCUGGGGAUCCUCAAUACUCGAAACAAGACUUAGAUUGGGUGGCACGGCACCAUGGGGUUAAAGACGGCCUGUGGUACAGAGACCCGGAAGGCAACAGAAUUCUCCCUGAAGCUCUGGGACAGCUGCUCUGCGCUCACCUGCACCAUCUUUCUCAUCUGGGGGAGAAGAAACUUGCCCAGCUUCUAGACAAGGGACAACUGAGGUUCCCAGGCCGGGCAACCUACUUAACACAACUCGUAGCCACUUGCCGAGCUUGCCAACUAAUGCGGUCAGGGAAACCUAAUAGACAUGAAGGUCAUCGAGUGCGCGGAGAACGGCCCUGCCAAUCCUGGGAGGUGGAUUUCACUGAGGUAAAGCCUGGAAGGUAUGGGUACCGUUAUUUGCUGGUAUUUGUGGACACCUUUUCAGGUUGGCCAGAGGCAUUCCCAACCAAAGCUGAAACAGCCCAGGUGGUAGCUAAGAAACUGAUGGAAGAGAUCAUCCCUCGCUUCGGGUUCCCGGUAACCAUUGGUUCUGACAAUGGACCUGCUUUUGUGAGCAAGGUCCUUCAGGAACUUGCAGCCGCCCUGGGGGUGGAUUGGAAAUUACAUUGUGAGUAUAGCCCCCAGAGUUCCGGCCAGGUACCCCGGAUGCCCACAAAGCCCCAAGGGCCAGAGGAAUUCCGAGCCAUGCUCUUGGGGCUUGCAGAAGCCCACCGUGAUCUGUGGCCCCGGCUCAGAGAAUUCUUCCAACCCCCUCCUCUUCCCCCACACGACUUUGCACCUGGAGAUUGGGUGUUGACGGCGUUGGACCUUGGAUCCACCACACACAUGUUCGCCGAGCAGACCCACCUGAGCACUCUGAACCCCAGUGGCAAGCCCGCAGACACCCUACGAACCCCCUCAAGAUUCUUGUGGACGGUCACCUACCCCAUGAACGUUCCCAACAACCCUCCAACCCACAUCAACCUUGGAAAUGGACCCUUUACAGUUGGGACCGAGCCAUGGCUCACCUGGAGCCCAUCCGGCUGCGAGCCUCGCCGGAUAAUCACGCACAUCGGAGGAGCUGAUGAGGUUGGAGGUGACUGCCAACACCUUAAGUUAACUGUCUUGACCCCCUCUGACAACGCCUGGAUCUUUGGACGUACCUGGGGUUUCCGCAUGGUUCAGAGUGGGGAUGACCCGGGGGGACUGUUUUUAAUUAAGAAAGAACCGGUCCAGACCAAGGCCGAAUCUACAUUCCCUAAUAUGACCUCAGAUUGUUGGCUUUGUUUGGGGAUCCGACCCCCUUAUUAUGAUGCCAUUGCACUCAAUGCUUCCUUUAAUAGGUCCUCUCAGGAUAGCCCUCCCGAGUGUCGCUGGGAUGAACGGAAAAAGGGGCUCACUAUGGACUCUGUGUUGGGGGAAGACAUGGUCAGGUUCUGGGACCCCCAAAACCGCCCGUCCCCUAGAAUCCGCAGGGAGCCCAUCACUGCCAUUACGUUAGCCACGCUCUUAGGCUUAGCUGGGGUUGGGACCGGCAUAGCCUCUCUCACUCAGCAUCACCAGAGCCUUGCUGCCUUACGAGCCGCAGUAGAUGAGGAUCUGGCCCGAGUUGAGAACUCUAUCACCCACUUGGAGAAAUCUCUAUCCUCCCUCUCAGAGGUUGUGCUCCAGCAGGGCCGUGGGCUCGAUCUCCUCUUCCUCCAACAAGGGGGUCUCUGUGCCGCCUUGGGGGAGGAAUGUUGCUUUUAUGCUGACCAUACCGGCAUUGUCAAGGAAUCUAUGACCAAACUCCGAGAGGACAUUGCUAAAAGGAAAACGGAGCGGGAAGCUCAGGCAUCAUG